AUGGCCGAGGCUCGCCAACGAGAAAACGAAGAGAUCUUCAAGGAAUUCGAAAACAAGUACUUUCGAUUGAAACAGGCGCUACUUUCGAAGGUCAGUGUAUCAACGGAAGUUGUUGAACGCCGAAGGGAUGAGGUCCAGACUUACCAGUCAUCGCGAACUAGAUAUCCUGAACUGAAGCUACCCACUUUCUCUGGGAGAUUGUCGGAGUGGAUGAACUUUCGGGACAACUUCAGAUCACUGAUACACGAUAACAACCAACUCAGUGCGAUCGAUAAGUUCAACUACUUACGCACAUCGCUGAAGGACGACGCUCUGUAUCAGAUCAACCAGAUUCAGGUUACAGCUACCAAUUACGAUCUUGCUUGGGGCAUCCUGGAGUCAAAGUUCGAGAACCACAAGUUGAUCGCCCAGGAGCAUUUGAAGGCAUUGUUCAAUGUUGCUCCGAUGAAGUCUGAGACUUUCCAAGGCCUGAAUCAUAUCCUGAUGACGUUUAAGAUCAACCUUCAGCAGUUGGAGAAGUUGGGAGAAGAUACUGCGCAGUGGAGCACGCUGCUAGCCUUCAUGCUUUCCCAGAAGUUGGAUGAUGAUACGCUUCGUCUGUGGGAAACUCACCACAGUUCGAAGAACAUUCCGUCGUAUACAGCGAUGGUUGAGUUUCUCGAGAAUCAUUGUGCCAUCCUACAAUCAACGUCGGCACGGAAGACCAAUGAGUUCAAGAAACCUUCGAAACCCCCAUUUGUUCAUGCUGCGGUAUCAACCAAAAAUUGCACGGUUUGCAAUGGAGGUCCACAUUCUUUUGAGCAGUGUUCGAGUUUUGGCAGAAUAAAGAUCGUGGAUAGGAAGGUGCUAGCCCGGAAGCUUGGAUUGUGUCUGAACUGCUUACGUUCUGGACAUUUCGUUGCGGACUGUUCGAGAUCAUCGUGUGGAAAGUGUGGUCAGCGGCAUCACCAUUUGCUGCAUCCAUACAGCUACCCUGUAGGCCAAGGGCAGAACGUGAAUCAGCCCUCCUCCCAGAGACACACGAAAGGACCUCAAGCCGCGAACUCUCAAUCUCUGCAAUCUAAUCAAGCCCAAACCCGGAACAAUUCUCAACACUCACAGACUACACCAACUCCAAGUACAUCCUCGCAAAAUGCAUGCCUACCACCUCCCACCAAUCCUUCUACUGUACACCACACUGCUACACCAUCAAAAACACACCACCAUUCAAACACUGCUUUAUUAUCGACUGCAAUUGUGAAGCUCGGUGAUCACCAUGGAAACACCGUACUUGCACGCGCUUUGCUGGAUAAUGGUUCUCAGGUCUGUUUGAUGACUGAGAAUCUUGCUCAACGGUUGAGUUUCCGAAGGAAUCGGGAGAACAUGCCGGUGAACGGAAUUGGUGGUUCGUGUUCAGUUGCUAAACAAGCUGUAUUAGCAAUAGUCCUGUCAUGCAACUCGUCGUACGUGACAGGGGAAGUCAAAUUCCUGGUUCUACCGAAGAUUACUACAAGUCUACCGCAGCAAUACAUCGAUACGUCAUCGUGGAAUCUGCCAUCAGGAGUAUGCCUGGCGGAUCCCGGCUUCAAUGAACCUGGUUCGAUCGAUGUGAUACUGGGAGUAGCUGUCUUCUACGAGUUGCUACUAUGUGAGCAGCUGAAACUCUCCAGGUCAGGUCCGAUUCUCCACAACACGGAACUAGGAUGGAUCGUCGCUGGAGAGCUACCGGAAGCAGCUAUCGUGAGCUACAGUGCAGUAACUUCAUCGUCGGUAACAACUACAGAGGUUUUUGAGGAGCUGACAAAGUUUUGGGAAUUGGAAGCUUGCAACACGAAGAGCUGUCUGUCCAUCGAGGAGUCUGCCUGCGAAACCAUCUUCGAGGAGACAACCACCAGAGAUCUGGAUGGGAAGUUCCGAGUGCAGCUACCAAAGAAGAAACACAUGCUGGACAAAUUAGGAAACUCAAAGGCAAUAGCUAGGAAACGCUAUUUGUCAAUGGAGAAGCGACUAGAUGCCAACCCAGAACUAAAGACCAUGUAUACGGCAUUUAUGCAGGAGUAUCUUCAGAUGGGACAUAUGAAGGAGAUAAAGGCGGAAGAGGAAGAAUCAGGUCUAGAGUACUACAUUCCUCAUCACGCUGUCCUGAAGCCGGACAGCACGACAACUAAGCUAAGAGUUGUUUUCGAUGCAUCCUGUCCAACGGAUACGGGUGUGUCCCUCAACGAUGUUCUGAUGGUUGGACCUGUUGUUCAGGAUGAUCUGCGGAGCAUCCUACUACGUUUUCGACUGUUUAGGUAUGCUGUUAUAGGAGAUGCAGAGAAAAUGUAUCGAAUGGUAUGGCAGCAAGCGUCAGACCAACUUCUCCAUAAGAUAUUCUGGAGAGAUUCUUCAGAGGAGCCACUGCGGGCGUACAAGCUUACUACCGUUACGUAUGGUACAUCAUCUGCACCAUACCUCGCUACUCGCUGUUUGAAUCGAUGUGCCGAAGAAGGUGCAGAACGUUAUCCAGUUGCUGCAGCGAUAGUCAAGAAGACCUUUUACGUGGAUGAUAUGCUAGCGGGCUUCCACACUGUUGAAGAAGGGAAACUUGUGUGCAAGGACGUCCGAGAACUUCUGCAAGGAUCAGGCUUCAAUCUGAGAAAAUGGAACAGCAAUAAUCCGGAAAUUUUGUCGGAAAUCCCUUCUCAACUACGUGACGAUCGUGAAGUUCUUGAUCUGGAUGAGAAGGCGAUGGUGAAGACGUUGGGUCUAACUUGGGAGGCAGCUACGGAUACGUUGCGGAUCAAGGUUCCCAGCUGGAAGCCUGAAGGGCCAGUAACGCAUCGAAUCGUUCUCUCAGAGAUCGCACGGCUUUUCGAUCCAUAUGGGCUAGUGGGUCCAGUAAUAGUUCAAGGAAAACUAUUCCUGCAAGAACUUUGGCAAGCAAAGUACUCCUGGGACGAGCUCUUGAGUGACGAUCUCCAGUCACGAUGGCUAGAGUUCAGGAGAAAUCUCAGUGAGCUUGAUGCAAUCUCUGUACCCAGAUGGAUUGCAUUCGGGAAAGAUGUGAUCUCUUGCGAAGUUCACGGUUUCAGUGACGCUAGCGACAAGGCCUACGGGGCAACGGUUUACCUGCGAUGUGUGAACCUGGACGGAGAAAUAACGGUGAACCUGUUGAUGGCCAAAUCAAAGGUUGCGCCGUUGGAAGAUCUCAGCCGAAGAAAGAAGAAGCAAUCUACGCCUCGUCUAGAGUUGUCUGGCGCACUGUUGCUCGCCCAUCUCUAUGAAUCCGUUAUUAGCAGUCUGGAGCUUUCAGCAGCGUCUUUUUUUGGACGGAUUCGACAAUCGUUAAAUGCUGGAUUUCGUCGCACCCCUCAAGAUGGCAAGCUUUCGUCGGAAAUCGUGUGUCUGAGAUACAGCAUGCCACGAAAGGUGGCGUGUGGAAUCAUGUGCCAGGGAUUGAGAAUCCUGCUGACAUUAUCUCGAGAGGAGCAACGCCAGCGCAGAUAG